AUGGCUCAAAAAAGGACUGUUUUAUUAAGAUUGUCCAACACUGGUGAACCAGUCAAUAGUGAAGGGGUUAAUAAUGGAGUCUUACUAUUUCCAUCCAUUGCUCUUCCAAAUGAGUAUAAGUUAGGAGAUCCUAUAUUCCAAUUACAUUUUCAAUUGAAUGCCGCUUCCCCUAUCACCAGAAAUGGUCAAUUGUUUUCAAAUUUACCUCAGGACUUCAAUACCCCGUUCGAUCGUCAUCAAUAUAAUGAAUAUAAUAUCGAAAGCUCAUUCCAUCAAGAUAUAACUAUUAAAAUCCCAGUAUAUAAACCUGGUUCUUAUAGUUAUUAUAUCUCUUAUGAGAAUGAUGAUUCUAAACAAGUUGAAACUGAAACAUUCUAUUUCAAUGUCCCUCCUAAUUUAAAACUUAAUAAUGAAUAUCUUGCAUUUAAUGCCAUCAAUAUUGAAUCAGUAGUAUCAAAAUGGAUUGGACCUGUAUCCAAUUGGGAUAAAUUCUUUGGAAACAUCGCUGAUAAGGGUUAUAAUAUGAUUCAUUUCACCCCUUUACAAUCAAGAGGUGAAUCAAAUUCUCCUUAUUCAAUUUAUGAUCAAUUGAAAUUUGAUCCUGAAAUUUUUGCCAAUAAUGAAGAAGCCACUAAUUUGAUCACUUCUAUCCUUACUAAGUAUAACUUAUUAUCAUUAACUGAUGUGGUUUGGAAUCAUACCGCCAAUAAUUCAGAUUGGAUUAAAGAAUUUCCUGAUGCUGGUUAUAAUGUAAAGACAGCUCCUCAUUUGAUUGCUGCCAUUGAACUAGAUUCAAAGUUAUUAGAAUUUUCUUCAAAAUUAUCAGAAUAUAACUUGCCAACCAAUAUCAACAAUGAACAUGAUUUAAGAGUUAUUAUGAAUGGAUUAUCAAAUUUCGUCAUUGAUGAUUUAAACUUGUGGGAAUAUUAUGUAUUCGAUAAAGUGGAUAUCUUACAAGAUUUGAAGAAACAUUAUUAUGAUAGAACCUCCACUAUUUCACCAGUUGAUAUCCCUGCUACCGUGAAACUUGAUAAUAUAAAAGAUUUAGCAGACUUCACGUUAAGUUACGCCAGUGCCAAUGCCAAAGCUAUUCUUGGUGAAAGAGGUGACAAUACAUUAGAUUCUGUUAAAUUAUUAGGUAUCUUAUUCACUGUAUUUAAAUCAAAAGAAAUUGAAUUUUCCAUUAUUUCAAGAAAAGCUGAACAAAUCAUUGAUACUAUAAAUGCUCCGUUAUAUGCCAUUUAUGAUGAUGAUAUUCAUACUAUUAAAUUACAAGUUGAAAAUAGAAUUAAAUAUUUAAGAUUAGAAGAAGGUGGACCAAAAUUAGGAGAAAUUAAUGAUAAAAAUCCUUUGACUGAACUGUAUUUCACAAGAUUUACUCAGAAAAGUACUGGUGAAGAAUGGGCUUUAGCUAACAAUGGUUGGAUUUGGGGAGGAAAUCCAUUAGUAGAUUUUGCUUCCCUGCAAUCAAGAGCUUAUUUAAGAAGAGAAGUCAUUGUUUGGAGUGAUUGUGUUAAAUUAAGAUAUGGUGAAAAACCUCUGGACUCUCCUCAAUUAUGGGAUAGAAUGAAAAAAUAUACUCAAAUUUGUGCAUCUUUAUUUAAUGGGUUUAGAAUUGAUAACUGUCAUUCUACUCCUUUACAAGUUGGUGAAUAUCUUUUAGAUGAAGCUAGAAAAGUUAAUCCUAAUUUAUAUGUGGUUGCUGAAUUAUUCACUGGUUCUGAAGAAAUGGAUAAAAUCUUUGUGGAAAGAUUAGGUAUUAAUACUUUAAUCAGAGAAGCAAUGCAAGCUUGGAAUGUUCAAGAAUUAUCAAGAUUAGUUCAUAAACAUGGUGGUAGACCAAUUGGUUCCUUAACCUGGUUACCUCUUGAUGAUUUUGCUUUCCCAGCCAAUAAAGAACCAGUUAAGGAUAAGUAUUUGGAUUCUUAUACUGAAAUAGAAAUUCCAAAAAUCUUAUCAAGACAAGCUCCUCAUGCUUUAUUCAUGGAUUGUACUCAUGAUAAUGAAACUCCAAAUCAAAAGAGAACUCCUGAAGAUACUUUACCAAAUGCUGCUUUAGUAGCAUUCUGUUCUUCUGCUAUUGGUUCAGUUUAUGGUUACGAUGAAAUCUUCCCUCGUUUAUUGAAUCUUGUUACCGAACAUAGACAAUAUACCUUAGAUGAUUCUAAUGGUAUUGGAAUAGUUAAAAAGAAGUUACAUGCCAUUAGAAAAGAAUUAGCCGCUGAAAGUAAUGAUGUGUUAAGAGAUCAUGAAAUGUAUAUCCAUCAUGAAGAUCAAUACAUAACUAUUCAAAGACAUAAUGCUAGAACUGGUAAAGGUUGGUUUUUAAUUGCAAGAUCUAAAUUUAAUAAUUAUCAAGGUCCUCAAAUUUUAAACCCACCAGUUUUGAGUGGUACCAUAGUAAAACAUGAAUUCAGUUAUACUCUUAAAAAGGAUGGAGAUUUCGUUGAAAGUGAUAAAUUCUUAACUGGAGUUCCAACUAUAUUAGAAGAAUUACCUUCUCCACAUAUUGAAUAUAAUGGUAAAGAAUCUAUUAUAAGUAUUGAUGAAAGUUUCAUCCCAGGUUCUAUUGCUGUAUUCUCUACUGAAAUUCCAGGAGUUGAUUUAUCAUUAGAUCACUUUGUGAAAGAAGGUGCCAUUGAAGCAUCUUUAGGAUUAGACUUGUAUGAUUUAAAUGCUAUUCUUUAUAAGAGUUCUCCAGAAGAACUUGAUGCAAGUGCAGGUACUGAGAAUGUCUAUACUAUUCCAAAUUAUGGUACUUUAGUUUAUGCUGGUUUAGAAGGCUGGAAUACAGCCUUGAAACAUGUGAUUUGGCAAAACAAUUUAGGUCAUACCAUUUGUGACCAUAUUAGACAAGGUGAAUGGGCCUUAGAUUAUAUUGUUAAUAGAUUGGAUAAAUAUGCUAAAUUGUCGAAGAAUUUAGGUAAGUUUCAAGAUUGGUUAAGAACUAGAAUUGAAGCUAUUAAAAAGGCCCCAUACUUUUUAAGACCUCAUUAUUUCGCAUUAGUGGUUGGUAUUGCAUAUGAAGGUGCUAGAUUUAGAGCUUUAAGAAGUUUCAGUCCAGAAAUCCAAAUGGCAACUAAUUUCGUUCAAAGUUUAGCCUUAACUUCAGUUCAAAUGGUUGGAAAGAUGAAUAAUACUUCUUUAAUCCCUUUCGAUCAAAUUCCAUGUAUUGCUGCUGGUUUACCUCAUUUCAGUAAUGAUUAUAUGAGAUGUUGGGGUAGAGAUGUAUUUAUUUCAUUUAGAGGUUUAUUUAUUGUUACUGGAAGAUUUGAUGAUGCUAAACAACAUAUUUUAGGAUUUGCCAAAACAUUAAAACAUGGUUUAAUUCCAAAUUUAUUGGAUGCUGGUAGAAAUCCACGUUAUAAUGCUAGAGAUGCCGCUUGGUUCUUCUUACAAGCCAUUCAAGAAUAUGUUACUUAUGCCCCUGAUGGUAUUGAAAUUCUUGAUGAAAAGGUUAAAAGAAGAUUCCCAUUAGACGAUACUUGGAUUGCAUAUGACGACGAAAGAGCAUUCAGUUACGAAACUUCAAUCAGAGAUGUUAUUUAUGAAAUUUUAAGUCGUCAUGCUAAAGGUAUCAAAUACCGUGAAGCUAAUGCUGGACAUAAUUUAGAUUCUCAAAUGAAAUACGAAGGCUUUGACGUCGAAGUGGCUGUGGAUUGGGAAACUGGUUUAGUUCGUGGUGGUUCUCAAUUUAAUUGUGGAACUUGGAUGGAUAAAAUGGGAGAAAGUGAAAAAUCAGGAUCCAAGGGUGUCCCAGGUACUCCUCGUGACGGAGCUGCUGUUGAAUUACAAGGUUUAUUAAAGAGUGCAUUAAGAUUUGUUAAUAAGUUACAUUCUCAAGGUUCUUUUGAAUAUACUGAAGUUGAAAAACCAGAUGGAUCAAAAAUAUCAUUAAAAGGAUGGGAGCAAUUACUUCAAGAUAAUUUUGAAAAACAAUUUUUUGUUCCAAUCGAUCCUAAUGACGAUGACAAAUACGUCAUUAACAAAUCACUUGUUAAUAGAAGAGGUAUUUAUAAAGAUUUAUAUGGUUCAGGUAAAGAAUAUGAAGAUUAUCAAUUGAGACCUAAUUUCCCAAUUGCUAUGGUGGCAGCACCUGAAUUAUUUACACCAGAGCAUGCCUUGAGUGCUUUAAGAUUGGCGGAUGCAACAAUUAGAGGACCAGUUGGAAUGUCCACUUUAGAUCCAAGUGAUUAUAAUUAUAGACCAUAUUAUAAUAAUAGUGAAGAUAGUUAUGAUUUUGCUACUUCAAAAGGUAGAAAUUAUCAUCAAGGUCCAGAAUGGGUUUGGGUAUUUGGAUAUUUUAUUAGGUCAUAUUUAUUAUUUCAUUAUUUGCAUGCAAGCGAUUGUCAAACGAAAAGUGGUACUCCAUCAGCACAAAUCUUGACUGAAGUUAAUAAGAGAAUCCAAGGUCAUAAUAAAUGGAUCAAAGAGAGUCCAUGGGCUGGAUUAACUGAAUUAACUAAUAAGAAUGGAGAAGUAUGUCACGAUUCGAGUCCUACACAAGCAUGGAGUAGUUCAUGUUUACUUGAUUUAUAUUACGAUUUAUGGAAUGAUGAACAUUAUCAAAGAUAA